ACAAUCCAGCGGUUUACGUGAAUGAUUCACGGGUCUUACGUUCUAUUCAAUUCUCUGCACUCAAUUGUGUUUGCUUUUUUCUCUCGCAGUUCUGGUUUUUCCUUCUCUUUCUCCGACUGUCCGAGAAAAUAGCUGAUCGAUUUAUAAAGACAGAAAAUUGUAGCAGAGAGAGAGAGAGAGAGAGAUGGAAGGAGACAGGAGAGUGGGUGUGGCGGUGGAUUUCUCGGCGUGCAGUAGGGAAGCACUGAAGUGGGCGGUGGAUAACAUUGUCCGGAAGGGGGAUCACCUUAUCCUCGUCACCAUACGCCCCCACGUUUACGAAGAGGGCGAGAUGCAGCUCUGGGAAACCACCGGCUCCCCCCUAAUCCGUAUGAGUGAUUUCUCUGACCCCAACCUAAUGAAGAAAUAUGGGGUGAAGACUGACCCUGAGACUUUGGAUAUUGUCAACACUGCUGCUAGGCAGAAAGAGCUUGUGGUGCUUUUGAAGAUCUACUGGGGAGAUGCUCGGGAGAAGAUUUGUGAGGCGGUUGAUAAUAUUCCUCUCACAUGCCUUGUCAUAGGGAAUAGAGGGCUCAGCACGCUCCAAAGGGCUCUCAUGGGCAGUGUUAGCAACUAUGUGGUGAACCAUGCUUCUUGUCCGGUUACAGUCGUGAAGCACUCUGAUCAUGACUGAUAUAUGCUGCUGCAAUGCAGUGUCUGAUUAGGAGUACUCCUAUAGGUCGCAUGAAUGAAUUUGUAUCCAUUGGGUCAGACUGUUUUUGUAACUUGAUUUUUGGAUUUUUGGAUUCAAGUCAUGUAUAUUUUGCAUGUGUGUGCAAUGCUUGUUUUGUAAGCUAUAACUCAUCUCCCAUGGUGGGGUUGUUCUUUGCUCCAAUUUGGUACUGUUUGAUGGAGGAAUAAAUUUUGUUUCUGUGCUCUAAUAA